CCACGGCCCAACGUCAAAGAUCCAUGCUCUUACACUGCUACUUUAUACCCCAGUAUAUUCAUCCCCUGAAAUUGUACUAAAUAAUUUAACUGCCCAUAGCCCAUCCACUACGGCGCGUCCACAUUGCCGGCCCCCCGUCACCACAUUCAUCUCGACCCCCAAAGAGCGCAGAGGCCGCCAUCAGACAGGUGGACUCUGUGGUGGAUCUAGCACUGGCGUGUCCGUCGUUGGCUCCUACAGUUGACUCCUUGUCCUGUCCUGUUCCAUUCAGUACCUGAACGUGGAUUCCAUUGGCGUGGAUUGCCUUUACUGUACCUCUUUACCUGCGACGAGUCGGGUGCCUGGCCUAGAUCGUGAACCUGCAACUGCAACUCCGUCCAAACUCCAUCACCAGAGGGCCACUCCCCCGAGAAAAACCCUCUCGAGACGGCGACCGCCCAUUGCCUGCAAUCACAUUCCCUAUCGUCGUCCCUCCACCUCCUCGAUCGGUCGACGAGCUUCGGCCCCAAGGCGAGAGGUUUGCCAUUUUGCUCAGCCGGCCGCCUUGUCCGACGGCCCCCCUCGAGCCCAAACUUGCAAAUUCCGACACGACACUUUGCUUGGGUAGAAUUCACACCUCGAUCCCUCAUCAUCUCUCCCACCGUAACGACAAGCGCUACCUGCGAGAGUAUUCGCAACGCCAGUAUAUAACGGACGGUUAUCGCUCACGCAACACCUAUCUUAAGCUUAAGGGGACGCACAGUAUCGGCGUCGACUGACGGCGGCGCAUCCGUCGAAGUCGGCUGUUGAUACGCCAGAUAACGAGCUUUUAGCCCUUGGCGCUCAAAACCCUACCGGUAAUGCAAUUCCCAUCCCCAGGUAUCACCCCUUUCUUGGAAACUCUCCUGACAUGCUCUCGAUCAAGUUUCCCUUAUCAUGUCGAACUACGGUUACGAUCCUCGAGGAGCUCCUCAAAGACCGCCGCAGAGGGGCUACGGCGACGACAACAAUUACGGUCAACGAGAUGCUGCAUUCUCCAACAUCUUCGGCGCGGCUCCGCCUCCUGGCCGAUCCCAAACGAUGACUUCGUCCUCUUCGAUGCCUCAAAACAUGAUGGAUCCCGGUCGCACUCAGACUAUGUCUUCAAUGUCCUCUGGUAUGCAACGGCAGCCACCGCCUCGUGCUCCCCCAGGACACUAUGGGGACCCAGCAGCUGGCAGGACUCGGACAAUGGAUAGCAAUAGCAUGAUGGGGAAUGGCUACUAUCCAAGUCAACGCUCAGCAUCGGGUGGUCAAAUGCCAUCUCACUAUAUGCAGCAGCAGCAACAACAUCAACAACAACGACGUCCGUAUCCUGGCCCUGGAGGACCUCCACCUCCUCGAAUGGAGCAAAGGGGUCCGCCGCCUCCGCAAGCUCCUGGUGCAAGGACUCCCGCCCAGCGAUUCUAUCAGGGAGGACCGGCACCUUCAAUGAACAAUGACCCUUAUCGCUCGCAGUCACUCGCUUCUGCUCCUCGCCAGCCAAUGUAUCACCCUCCUCCUAGCGCCUAUCAGCAAGCACCAGCAAACCACCUUCGACAAGCCCCGUACGCGCAGCAGAACUCGGCGAGGACGACCGCUCAAGGGCGAAUUGUGCCGGAACGUCAUGAAGACCGCACCAUGUCGCUGACUGGCAAUUACCAACCCCAGAGCAUGGACGCCCAUCAGACCAUGAGCGGUCGAGUCAUCCCUAACCGACGAGCACCUACCGAGCUGCCGACCACCAACGGUUAUCCUAAUUCGAUGCCUCACGCUCCAGGAGCACAAACUCGAACAUCUAGCAUGGUUUCGUCCAAUGGUGCUGGCGAUUAUAGUAGGACAAUGUCGAUGGCCUCUACCGUGGCUCCAACCAUCACCCCUUCCGAGUCUGAUGCUUCUACUUUGGUCCAGCGACCAACCAGAAGCAAGUCUAUCGAGAGCGAGCGCCCACCGACUGCCACGAAGAUUCGACCACCCCUCGUAUAUCCAGCCCUACUGUCUCGAGUCGGAGAGUGCUUCCGUCGCAAGAUUAUUGUUGGUGACCGGACCAAGAACGAGCUGACAUACAAGAAUGCUUUCAGCGGUUCUGAGGCUGUCGAUGUCUUGUCAUAUAUUAUUAGGACUACUGAUCGCAACCUUGCCCUUCUUCUUGGCCGAGCUCUGGAUGCCCAGAAGUUUUUCCACGAUGUCACAUACGAACACCGUUUACGAGACUCCCAAUCAGAGAUGUACCAGUUCAGGGAGACAUUGAUGGAUGAGCCAGAAGAUAAGCCCGCAGUCAAUGGUGUCUUUGUCCUACUUUCCGAAUGCUAUUCCCCAACCUGUACCAGGGAUCAACUUUGUUAUUCAAUUGCCUGCCCUCGACGAUUGGAGCAGGUUUCGAGACUGAAUCUUAAGAUCAACCCUGGAUUACGAAAGGAGGAUGCUGUUAAUGCUGUCGAUGACGAAGGUGAUCAGACAGACGAACAAAAACUCUGGAUUAACUCCGUUCCCAAGGAAGUUGCUGAGAAGGUCGAUGAGCGGGAGAAGAAGAGGCAGGAAGUUAUUUCGGAGAUCUGUUAUACCGAGCGAGAUUUCGUUAAGGAUUUGGAAUAUUUACGAGACUUCUGGAUUCUGCCUUUACGAUCAAAGGCUUCCCCAGUUCCUGUUCAGCGUCGCGAAAAGGUUGUCAAAACCAUUUUCAGCAACAUCAUCGACCACCCCAGUAUUCAUACUGUCAGCUCCCGGUUUGCGUCUGGACUCACAACUCGACAACAAAAGGAACCUAUUGUCCAUAAUAUCGGUGACAUUUUCCUAGAGUAUGUGCCCCAGUUCGAGCCCUUCAUUCUGUACGGUUCAAAGCAGUUGGAAGGAAAGUUUGAAUUCGAAAAUGAGAGAUCAGUCAACCCCUACUUCGGCAAAUUCGUAGACGAGAUUGAAAGGCGCAAGGAGUCGAGGAAACUGGAGUUGAAUGGUUAUCUGACCAAGCCUACGACCCGUCUGGCACGAUACCCCCUACUUUUGGAGAACGUCUUGAAAUACACAGAAGAUGGCAACCCUGAUAAGGAGGACAUUCCUAAGGUUCUGGUUAUGAUUCGAGAUAUUCUUGGCAGAGUCAACGCAGAGUCUGGAAAGGCUGAGAACCGAUUUAAUCUCAGGAGGCUUCACGAGCAGCUUCGUUUCAGACCCAAUGAGAGGGUUGAUCUUCGACUCACAGAAGAGGGACGUGAAAUGGUCUUCAAAUGCCAGUUCAAGAAGUCGCCCACGGAUCCUGCAGAAAUUACAGCCUUCCUCUUUGAUCACGCCGUCCUUCUUGUUCGCAUCAAGCAGACUGGCAAAACUGAGGAGAUCAAGGCAUACCGACGACCCAUUCCUCUGGAGCUUCUCGCAAUCAGGGAAAUGGACGAAGUGAUUCCCAAGGAUGGCAACAUGAAGCGUACCUCGUCGAGCCUGAUUCCUUCAAUCCGGAACAACGCCAACGACCCAGCGAGAAAGGAAGGCUGGCCGAUCACCUUCCGCCAUCUGGGUAAAGCAGGCUACGAGCUGACGCUUUAUGCGUCUAACCAAGCUGCUCGUCAAAAGUGGCUUGAGUUUAUCCAUACUGCACAGGAACGUCUUCGAUCCCGUGCCGACUUCUUCAACACAACUGUCAUCUCAAGCAAGUUCUUUGCCGGUACCAACCGUGUUAACUGUGUCACGCCAUUUGAUGGCGGGCGUAAACUCUUGUACGGUACUGACAAUGGUGUUUACCUGUCGGACCGCAAGGUGAAGGAUCAAGUGCCUCGUAGGGUAUUGGAGACUGCAAGCGUUACUCAGAUUGAUAUUCUGGAGGAGUACCAACUACUCUUAGUCUUGUCUAACAAAACACUCCAGUCUUACCCAGUUUCUGCCCUCAACCCUGAUGAGCCCGCAUUGUCCAGAAGGCCCAAAAAGAUCCAGAACCAUUGCAGUUUCUUCAAGACGGGCAUCUGCUUGGGCAGACAUCUGGUGUGCUGCGUCAAGUCAUCUGCCCUAUCUACUACGAUCAAGGUCUUUGAGCCUAAUGAUGCUAUGACCAAGGCCAAGAAGCAGAAGGGUAUCGGUAAAUUCAUGAGCGGCGGUCAUGAUGAGCUCAAGCCAUUCAAGGAGUUCUACAUUCCCACCGAAUCUUCGUCCGUUCACUUCCUCAAGUCCAAGCUCUGCGUCGCCUGCGCUCGAGGUUUCGAGGUCGUUUCUCUCGAAACCCUGGAAACACAAUCAUUGCUCGACCAGGCCGAUACAUCACUUGACUUUGUGGCUCGCAAAGAAGGAGUUAGGCCAAUCCACAUUGAACGACUUAACGGAGAGUUCUUGCUCAACUAUUCGGAAUUCUCCUUCUUUGUUAACCGCAACGGCUGGAGGGCCCGGCCAGAGUGGCGAAUUGACUGGGAGGGUACACCACAGAGCUUCGCACUCAGCUACCCCUGGAUCCUUGCUUUCGAGCCAAACUUCAUUGAGCUCCGGAACAUGGAGAACGGCGCUGUGCACAUUGUCCCUCGUAAGAACAUUCGCAUGCUUCAUAGUAGUACACAUGAGAUUCUAUUUGCACACGAGGAUGAUAAGGGAGACGACGUUGUUGAGGCAAUCGACUUUUGGAAGAGUAACCGCAAGUCAGAGCUGCUCGGUUCAUAACAAUAAAUAAAUCCCGGACCCAUUGGGGGAGCGUUUCUUUUUCCUGGAAAGAUUUUUCUUCUUGUAUUAUUUGGCGGCGCCCGGUUACUACGACGUCGACUGUCCUUGGGCGCGAGGUACUCGCAAGGGUAUUGACGAUUUUCGGCUUCUUUGUGGUAUCCCUAUUCUUUGGGAAGACGCAAGCUUUUGGGCCGCACUUCGAACCGCUCACCGGAUUUGGUUGUAGUGCUCCUGGCUAUAUAAAUCGUCAAGUCAGCACAUGAUGGGCCUUGAUGCCAGCUGAACCAGAGCAAAGCCAUCACUCCAAUGGCGUCGAUAAGAUGAUUGAAAUAUAGGGGCAGUAGAUACGGAGACGGGGCAUGAUCAGCAGGAUGUAGGAUGGGACAAGAUGAGAUGACGAGAUGGGAAAAGAGAAAGACGAUAUAUCGUAGCUUGUACUCUGGAAGGAUGAGCGAUGUUUAGCAUGGCAUGGCAAUGGCAUAAUCUUGCUUCGCAUGGCAUGAAAUAUUUUGGAGCAGCUUGGAGCGAUUUGAAAGUGAGGGAGGGUCGUGAAAUAAUGGCCUGGACAGGACAGGGAAAGGGAAGGACUGGGCUCUACGGUACUAUAGUGGUUGAGUUUACAAUUGCGAUGGUAGUAGUAAUUGGAGAUAUCCUUAUCGAAUUUCUUUAAUUGCUGUCACUCACUUAUUCACUUCUCACCCACUCACGCAAUCUAUCUAUCUGUAUGUCUUAUCUAGGUACCUACCUAAUUCUUAGCCUAGUGUCGAUGGCCCACUAUAAGAGAACCAAUCCCCUC